GGCGAAGCAUUUGGCUCAACUGGAGCUCGACUUGGAGCAAUCGGAGACUCUGACGGGCAGUGCAGCAGCGGCUGCCUUCCUUGACCGCCUGGCCUGCCUCGAGGUGCGCAUCCCCGGCCUUGCUCAGACGCUGACGGAGCUGCGCUUGGGCCAUCUGCCCCAUGGCGGACACCACUUGGGCCCCGCGGGAAAACCAGCCACCGUCAGCCUCCUCAGUUUGAUCUCAUUGCACCAACAACACCAACAUGAACAAGAACCGGAACAGUCGCCGAUCCUCGGGGCACCGUUGAUCGUGGGAGAGCUGCCGGUACAGGCGGAGGCCUCGAUGAAGGCGAAGAUGCACGAGGUAGAGGACCGACUUGCCCGUUGUCGCCUGCUCUGUCAGCGCUUCCGGGAGCGUGAUGCCAAGGCGAUGGCACGUCGU